AUGACUUCUCAGAAUUUCUUCCAGUUCCUGAGCGACGACAUGAACCUAGAGUCAUCCAGCUUCACGGAGGACAGCUUCUUCGACUUCAAUGGAGCCUCCUCUGACGGCAAUCUACCCAUUACCGAUCACAGCGAUGACCUGCCUGCCAGCUUUACUGAGGAAGAGUUGUGGGGCGACUUGGAGGAGUUGCCUCCGCUUGAACCUUCUACAAGCCAGAGCAGCUUUUUUGACUCCUUCGCAUCGGAGAACACUUUCAGCAGCUUCCAGAGCGACAUGUCGCUUUGGACUGCUGAGCUUACCAGCGAAGAGACUGUUGACAAUCAGUGCGACUGGCCGUCUUCACCUCCAACAAAGGAGUCUGAUCCACCAACGGUAGAUUCAAGCGUCACCACCCCGCCUGUCUCCCAGGCCAUCGAGUCAGCUCGAGUGAAACCUUCAGAGCAGCCAAUGGGUGCGAUUGAGGCCUUGUGGGGACCAGUUCUGAGCUCCAGUCCACAACAAUCCAGCCUUACUCCUCCGAACAGAAAGGAACCACUACCGAGGAUGAAGGCCACAAAGGUGAUCAAGCAGGAGACGACACCCAAGAAGAAGGCUCCAAAGAAGCGCACGACCCUCGUGCGACGCUCUGAAGACCGCUCCAUCAAAAAUCUCUACAACUCUACAUGGGCCAGCCUCACCGACGAAGAGAAAGGUCGCCUCCUCCUUCCUCUCCUCCAGGGCAUCGACUCCAACACGAGCAAGCAGAUAACUAAUGCCGGUACCUUGCUUCCACCCCCCGACUACGAAGCCAUCGGCGCCGAUGUCCAGAUCGAUUUCACUCAAUCUCCAUAUCUGCAUGCAAACACCACUUCGAGCAGUCCUUCGGUUUUCACUGCCCACAACUACGACUCUGUUGUGGCAGUCCCUGAGUACCUUCCGUAUGUCAGUGACACCACAUCUUUCGACAAUGUCAAUCUUGAUGCUAUCGAGUCUUUCAACAGAGACAACAUGGGCGCUACCAAUGCGACGGGCGAUUUCGACAUUGACACUAGUAGUGCCGUUGGCAAAGGUCUCGGCGGUCCCUGUAGCAAUGGUAUCAUCGGUGGAGCGAUCGAUAUGCCUGCUCCUCCCUCCGUCUAUGGAAGUACUCGUCAGCAGGAGGCGCUUGAGCGCAAUGCUAUGCUGCGUGCGCAGGGUCGUCGUCGCUAA